AUGUGGGUUGACUUACCCCUGACUGUAACACCAUACUAUGAAAUAACAUUUGUUCUACAGGUAUUGUCAUUUCAUCACACUGUUAUCGUCAAUAUUCCAUUAAAAAAAAUUAAAUAACAUUUAAUAAUCACUCAGAAAUAUUUAAUAAUAUUAUUUGAAUAAAAUUUACAGGUUUUGUCCUUGUAUCACAUCGGGAUAACUUAUUUUUGCUUUGACAAUUUCUUAUGCAUUUUAAAUCUACACGUGGCUGCUCAAUUUCAAAUAUUGCAGUAUAGGAUUUCCGAUAUAACGGGUUUAAUGAACAGAGAGAAAACGCUGAGAAAAGAUCAGAAAUUCAGUGCGAAUUCAUCGUGCUUCGCAAACAAAUGUUACGAAACUUUUAAAAAGUACAUCCGGCAACAUCAAGCGCUUAUAGAAUAUUGCAAGAAACUGGAGGAAGUAUUCAAUUUGAUUGUUCUCGUACAAAUACUGGUCUUUAGCAUGAUGAUUUGUCUCCACGGAUACCAAAUAUUGAUA